CGAGGAACGUUGUUUCCAGGAUUAUUCAUACUCUUCAGCUCGUCAACGUCCAGGUCCUAUCUCUAUAGGCUCUAAUCUGGCACGAUGAAGAAGAUCUCACUCGUGCGCACUUCACCAGAAACCCUCCGCUACUUGCGAUCCGCCGUGGCUGCACAGUCGCGGGGGACAGUCGCAUCAACGUCGUUGGUUUGCCAUCAACCGCGCAUCUCGCCAACGCAAGCAGUGGUUUGGCCAUCAUCGCUUCGAUGCGCUGGAUCGCAGGCGUGCAGCAGACGGCAUUUUUCGCACACGAAGCGACGUUCGGAUCUUCCGUCAAAUGCUCGAACGCACUACGACUUUUUCCCGUCGACGUUGCCUGAUGGUCCACCUCCCUCUGGCUCUUUCUCCGUGGACCUGAAGCAACUGCGAAACGAAUUCCUCAAGCUCCAGGCAGCGGCUCACCCUGACCGGCACCCACCCGAACGCAAAGCCGCAGCCGAAGCGCUGUCUUCGCGCAUCAACGAAGCCUACAAGACGUUGCAAUCUCCAUUGCUGCGGGCGCAGUACCUGCUGUCACUCAAGGGCGACAACUCGUCCACGGAUGACGCGGCAAAACUGGGCGAGGGCGCUGAUGAUCAGACGCUGCUGAUGGAGGUGCUCGAGCUGCGAGAACAGAUCGAGGAGGCCGAGACGGAGGAGGAGAUCCGCAAGAUCAAGGAGGAGAACGACGUAAGGAUCGCGGACAGUGUCAAGGUCCUGGAGGAGGCUUUCAAGAAGGACGACGUUGCAGAGGCGGCCAAGGAGGCAGUCAAGCUACGGUACUGGGUGAACAUCGACGAAACCUUGCACGCGUGGGAGGAGGGAAAGCCAGCGCCUCAUCUUCAGCAUUAGAUCAGAUACAAGUAGAUAGCGCUGCAGAUUCACAAUCAGGAGAGGGCUUCUGCGUCUCGAUGUGCGAAGCUUCGAAGUCUGAAUUCGUCUCUUGUGCGUGCAGCGAGGAGCGUGCUCGAUUGGGAGUUUGCUUGUGAUGGAUCUUGUGU